AUGGAGUUUGAGAUGCCUCAAUAUAAUUUUAAUGAAAAACCUCGUUCUUCAUCAAAGUUUCCAUUGAUUAUAUUAGCAGCAAGGUUGAUUACUAUAGCUUGUGCUGUGGUUUCAAUAGUUGUGUUGAAGAGUAAUAAAGUUACGUUGGAUAAAGGCGCCAAACUUGAGUACGAUUAUUACCGCUCAUACAGGUACAUGCUUGGUGUAAUGGUAGCUGGAAUUAUCUACAAUACAUUGCAUAUUCCCUUUGCAUUAUAUUUCCUGAUAGCAAAGAAACGUCUUAUAAACCACAACAGCUUUCGCCAGUUUGAAUUUUAUGGUGACAAGGUCAUUUCUCUGUGGUGGUUCAACGGGUAUAUUUAUCUAUAG